GUCCGGCACAGUCAGGUACAGUUUGUUACUCUCCGUCUCGGCGUAAGCGCGUGCAUCAUCAAGUAUUACAACCUGUUUGUUGAAAGCAACACGUGUUGCGGGUUACAAAAGUAGUAACGAUGCCGAUUACAAAAUUGAUAUUAACUACCAAUUUGCCCGCUUUCUGCAACCAAAAGAUAGAAUAUAAGCAGAGACUCGCAGAAUUCACGGAGCCAGAGAAUUUUGAUAAAUACGAGUCCGACAGAGUUUUGGAAAUAUUGUGUGAAUUUUUGAUGUACCCAGAAUGCACGGAAGAUGUAGUGAAAUACUUUUCAGAAUUAUUGCCAGCACUUGUUUCUAUGGCGAUAAAUCCAGCUGAUUUGCAAUCACCAACAUUAUCUCAUAAGGAUCUUAUUCAUAGAUUAAACGUUGUUAUUCUUGGCAAGCUGGUACUUGUUGAUCCAGAUUUAUUAAAAUUUGUUUUACGUUAUUUUGAUGUUAAUCCUGGGCCGUUUGAGCCUUUUGUCACAAAUACAGACACUGUUUCGCCAGCAAAGAGGCGAAACGUAAAGAAAUUAUCAUAUUCCAUCUCAGAAGUGUCUGAUUAUGAUGUUGUUAUAGCAACUUAUAACAUUCUGCAAUCUGCGAUCAGCCAUUUUAAGCACAAGUGGAACUGGUCCAAGUUUUACAAAUUCUUGACACACGCAGAUGACAGAGUGAGAUGGGUUGCUUUGAAAUGCCUAGCGAUAAUUCUAAAUGUGUCUGCAUCCACAAGAAUAUUAUGCCCGCAUUUACACCCCGUGGAUUUCGAAAGAUUUUCGAUCGAUCAUGAAGAUAAGAACAACACGGAUACUCGAGUGGCUUGCACAAGUCUCGAAUCGCUGGGACGUCUGGUCGAGAAUGUCCCGUCUGUCGUAUCUGUCGGUAGUAUUUUGUUGCCGACUUUUGUUGCCGACCGUCACGUCAACCCUCAGACUCACCAGAAGACUUACAGCGACUUGGUGCUGGUAUCUUCCACGAAGAACAAUCUACAAAGUCUAGCUGUAGUCAUCGGCUCCAGGAAAUGUAUCUGUUUGCAAGGGCCUGUUGGUUGCGGCAAGACCAGCUUGGUGGAAUAUCUGGCCAAGGUGACCGGCCACUACGCGUCGAACUUUGUCAAAGUACAGCUGGGGGAUCAGACUGACUCGAAGAUGUUGCUGGGAAUGUACAGAUGCACCGACAUGCCCGGUGAAUUCAUUUGGCAGCCGGGCAUCCUCACGCAAGCCGUCAUUGACGGCAAGUGGUUGCUGCUGGAGGACAUCGAUAGCGCUCCUUUGGACGUAGCUAGCGUUCUCAGUAAUCUGAUAGAGACUGGUACAUUGUGCGUGCCCGGUUACCGUGACACUAUCUACGCCAAAAGCGACUUCCAGCUGUUUGUUACUCAACGAGCAACUGCUUCAAAGCAUGUGGCGGGAUCCUCGAGUCUGUUGCAGAAACAUUGGCUGUGCCUGAACGUGGAGCCGUUGUCCAAGGAAGAAUUGGUGGAAGUAGUUAAAACAAUGUUCCCGAAACUGGAAACUACUGCCACCAAAAUAGUAGAUGUGUUCUUGCUAUUUUCCGUGGGAGAUCAUGACAACGAGGGCAACGACGGGAUACUGAAGACCGGACGACAAACAUCGACUCGAGAUUUGAUAAAGUGGUGCUCCAGAGCUGUCAUCGACUUUGACGUCUCAUCGUCGAACUCAGCCUUGAAGCUACUUCAGGACGCUAUAGACGUCUUCUGCUGCUCGGUAACCAACCAAGAGCAACGCUUGAACCUGGCGAUAGAGAUAGCUAACAAGCUCGGUAUCAUAAGAACAAAGGCCGAGUACUUUUGCAACAUACAUAAACCCGUUAUGACUUUGACAACCGGGACCCUGAUAAUCGGCCGAGCAGAGUUGCCUCGCAAGAAAGAGCAGUACGCCAAGCUACUGACCAGCAGGAGCAAUUUUUCGUUCACGCAACCGUCCGUAUGCCUGCUGGAGCGCAUAGCCAGCUGCGUGGCGCAGAAAGAACCGGUGUUGCUGGUCGGCGAGACUGGCACUGGAAAGACCAGUACGGUUCAGUACCUGGCGAAGAGCACCGGCCACCGGUUGACGGUGAUAAACAUGAACCAGCAGAGCGAGAGCACAGAUUUGCUGGGCGGUUACAAGCCGGUCGACCUGAAGUUCCUGAUCACACCGGUUCGACAAGAGUUCGACAUCCUGUUUCGCUCUCACUUCAUCGUCGAGCAGAACGUAGGGUUCCUAGAGAAGAUAAGUUUGUAUUACAAGGAGCAGAAAUGGAAGGCUUUGCUGCAAUACCUGAGACACAGCGCGCGCGCCGCUGUGAGUAGACUACGGGACAAAUACAAAGAAGCACACCAAGUUAAAGUGUCCAACAGAAACACCUCGGAACCUGUCGGCGCAGAAAGCGACUUUGAGGAGAGACACGCAACCUACCGACACCAGGAGCAAUUCAUGACAGGCAUGUGGAAGAGAUGGGAGAAUCUGCUGGAGAAAGUGAACAAGCUCUACAGCCAGGUGAAGAAUCAGCACAUGUUGGCAUUCUCCUUCGUGGAAAGCAGCCUGGUGAAGGCUCUACGGGACGGUUCUUGGGUGCUCUUGGACGAGAUCAACCUGGCCAACGCGGAGACGCUGGAAUGCCUGUCCGGCCUACUGGAGAGCGCCUCGGAGUCGCUGCCGUUGCUGGAGCGCGGCGAUGGCGAGGCGGUGAAGCGGCACCCCGACUUCAGGAUGUUCGCCUGCAUGAAUCCUGCGACAGACGUCGGCAAGAGGGACCUGCCGGUCGGUCUGCGAAACAGAUUCACCGAGUUCUACGUCGAUGAGCUGACUGACCACAUCGACCUCCAGCUGCUCGUCAGCUCAUACUUGAAGGAGAUCGGAUUGGGGAAGCAUGAAGCGAUCGUGAAGUUCUACUUGAACGUGAAGAAACAAGCGACGAGCACACUCUUCGACGGCACUGCGCACCAGCCGCACUACAGCCUGAGGACAUUGUGUCGCGCGUUGAACAUAUCCACGGCGAAUCCUUGCGGCAAUAUUCAGAGGUCUCUGUUCGAGGCCUUCUCCCUCAGUUUCCUCACGCAGCUCGACUACAAGUCGCAUCCGAUCGUGCAGACGAUGAUCGCCAAGGCCAUUUUGGGCAACAACCAGAACAUCAAGGCGAUCCUCGGUACGCCCAUUCCGAAGCCGAAGUGCGCCCCGGGGGAGGAGUACAUAAACGUCGAGGGAUAUUGGGUGUUGCAGGGUAGUCUAAAGCCUGAAACGCCGAGCAACUACAUACUGACCGACUCCGUCCGGAGGAAUUUGCGGGACUUGGUGAGGGUGGUGUCAAUUGGGAAGCUGCCGGUCUUAUUGCAAGGCGACACGUCGGUGGGGAAGACUAGUCUGAUCACUUACCUGGCGAAGAUCUCGGGCCAUGUCUGCGUGAGGAUAAACAAUCACGAACACACGGAUCUGCAAGAGUACGUUGGCAGUUAUGUCGCGGACGAGACGGGGAAGCUGGUGUUUAAGGAGGGUGUCUUGGUCGACGCGAUGCGCAAAGGACAUUGGAUCAUCUUGGAUGAACUGAAUUUAGCUCCGAGCGAUGUCUUGGAGGCCCUGAAUCGAGUCUUGGACGACAACAGAGAAUUGUUCAUCCCCGAGACGCAACAGGUCGUAAAAGCGCAUGAACACUUCAUGUUGUUCGCAACGCAGAAUCCCCCUGGAAUUUAUGGCGGUCGAAAGGUGCUGUCCCGAGCGUUCAGAAAUCGAUUCGUGGAGCUCCAUUUUGACGAGAUACCAGCCAACGAGUUGAAGAUAAUACUCGGCAAGAGAUGCAACAUGCCCGAGUCAUACUGCAAGGAAGUGAUCGACGUGAUGACUGAUCUUCAGAUAAGGCGUAAGAGCACAGCGGCUUUCGCCGGUAAAAGAGGUUUCAUAACUCUGCGCGAUCUCUUCCGCUGGGGCGAGAGGUACCGUCUAGCGUCCAACGCAGACCACAAGCUAUACGAUUGGAGACAACACCUAGCCGAGGAAGGUUACCUCGUCCUCGCAGCUAAAGUCCGCAAAGCGGAGGAAGCGGACGAGAUACGGCAGGUGAUGAAGAAACACCUGAAAAGGGACGUAGACCCAGACAGACUGUUCACACUCAACGACAAGACCUCGCCUGUCACCAGGCACAUAUUGCAAGAGAUCUUGAGCGACAUCCCGUGCUUCGAGCACAUCGUGUGGACUUACCACAUGCGCCGGAUGGCGGUACUUGUGAAGAAAUCCUGUCACUUCAAGGAGCCGGUGCUGUUGGUUGGCGAGACUGGCGGAGGCAAGACUACGGUGUGCCAACUGAUCGCCUCCAUUAACGGCCAAAUGAUGCGCGCGGUCAACUGCCACAUGCACACCGAGUCGUCCGAUUUCCUGGGAAAUUUACGACCUGUGCGAGAAUACACUGACGACAACAAGCUCUUCGAGUGGGUGGACGGGCCUCUGAUCAACGCUAUGCGUAACGGUGAGCUGUUUUUGGCAGACGAAAUUUCCUUGGCCGACGAUAGUGUCCUGGAGCGGUUAAAUUCGCUGUUAGAACCCGAGCGAAGCCUUUUAUUGGCCGAGAAAGGAAUAGAGACCUCGCACGGCGAAGAGAAUGCCGUGAUCGUGGCGGAUGAGAAGUUCGUGUUUGUCGGCACGAUGAACCCUGGCGGUGAUUACGGCAAGAAAGAGCUCUCACCGGCCCUGCGAAAUCGCUUUACCGAGGUAUGGUGCGAAGGAUGCACCGUCAGAGGCGACUUGCACGACAUAAUAGUGCACAACCUUCGCAUCGAGUCGCAUGCUACGAAAGAAGCCAUUGCCAACGCGGUGCUGAGGUUCACCGAGUGGCUACAUACCACCGAGGUGGGCAAAAAGCUCACCGUCAGCGUGCGAGAUGUACUCACGUGGGUGAACUUUAUAAAUACGUGCACCGACGGUGGGUCGCCGUCGAUGCUGACGAUCGGAGACACGUAUUAUCAUGGCGCUUGUCUCACGUACAUUGACAGUCUUGGGUCGGGCUCGACAGGCGCCGAGAGCAUCGAGAAACUGAGGAGCUUUACGGACGCUGCCAUGCGAUUUAUUAGGUCGGAAGUUGAACAUAUAAUAAAGUCAGAUCUCAGUACGGAGACUCUUACGGUGAAUAAAGAAACCACGCUGAGAGAUUCGAGCAAUGUAUUCGGAAUACCGCCGUUUUACAUCAAGAAAGGCCCGAGUGUCUGUCACGACGACCUCGCAUUCACGUUCUCGACUCCCACUACGAAGCUGAACACAAUGAAGCUGCUGAGAGCGUUGCAGCUGAGCAAGCCGAUUCUGCUGGAGGGAAGCCCAGGUGUGGGGAAAACCAGCCUAGUUUCUGCGCUCGCCAAAGCAGCCGGGUAUACUUUGGUCAGGAUCAACUUGAGCGAUCAAACAGAUAUCUCCGACUUAUUCGGUGCCGAUUUGCCUGUAGAGGGCGGUAAAGGCGGUGAAUUUGCGUGGCGGGACGGACCGUUUCUGCAGGCUCUGCGAGCAGGAUAUUGGAUCCUGCUCGACGAGUUGAAUCUGGCUUCUCAGUCAGUCUUGGAAGGUCUCAACGCGUGUUUCGACCAUAGGGGGCAGGUCUACAUUCCUGAGUUGGGAAAAACCUUCAGGUUGGAACACGGCACGAGACUGUUUGGCUGCCAGAAUCCCCUGCAGCAAGGUGGGGCCAGACGCGGCUUGCCGAGGUCCUUCUUGAACAGAUUUACUCAGAUUUCUGUCGAUGCGCUGAUGGACGAAGACUUGAAACUUAUCCUCAGCGUGCAAUUUCCACAACUGCCCGCGGACCUAAUCAACGACAUGGUACGGUUCAACGGCGUGUUAGCGUCUGAGGUUGGCGUCGCGUGGGGUCACACUGGAUCUCCCUGGGAGAUGAACUUGCGUGACAUCACGCGAUGGUGCGAGACAACUAUCGAGAUCGCCUGUAACGAGUUACAUGGUCGUAAAGAGCACUUCAAUCCAGGCAAUAGUGUGGAACUCAUUUAUGUCGACAGAAUGAGGACCAAGGAGGAUCGGCAAAGAGUCUACCACGUAUAUCAGGAGAUAUUCGAGCUCGAGAAAUACCCGCUACCGCCUAAUCAGCCGGCCAUGCACAUCACGGCGGAUAAGAUUUUCAUCGGCGAGAUGACGUUCAGCCGCAGAGAUUAUAGCUCGCACGAGGAAGGUAAUCUGUUGUUGUUGAGAAACCAAAAAGUGGUGCUGAGGAAUCUCCUUCAGUGCGUCAAGAUGAACUGGAUGUCCAUAUUGGUCGGUGCUUCGGGCUGCGGGAAGAGCAACGUCGUUCGUCUACUCGCCGCUCUGACGGGCCAGCAGCUGAGGUCGAUAGCCAUGAACUCCGCGAUGGACACGACGGAGAUAUUAGGUGGCUUCGAACAGACGGACUACAAUCGACACCUGGAACAGCUGUACGAGCGCGUGGCGAGUCUUCUCAUCAACAGCCUACGAGCAAGGAUAACCGUGGAUAAAUUGGAGCAGGUAGCCGAGCUCCAUGAACGUCUGGAGCACGUGCGGCGCUUGUUCGACGAGAACGUGGCCGGCAGGACAAUGGCCGCAGAAAUCCAGCAGUUCCUGCACAGGGUUGAAGAACUGUCGAACCUGGCAGCGACGUUGAGCACCUGGGAGCCCAGCCUCGAGCCGGAACUGCGGGACAUCCAGUCCAGGUUGAGCAAUUUGUCGGACCUCGUGAAGCAGGACAAGUGCCUGAAUGCCGGCGGCAAGUUUGAAUGGGUAGACAGCGUGCUGGUGAAGUGCCUGCAGGAUGGCACUUGGCUGCUCAUCGACCAGGUUAAUCUAUGCAGCCCGGCUGUAUUAGACAGACUUAAUGGACUGUUAGAGCCGAACGGUGUCCUCAGUAUCGGUGAGCGAGGCGUCGACGACCACGGCAACGUCAUCACCGUCAGGCCUCACGCAAACUUCCGACUGUUCCUGACCAUGGACCCGCGGUACGGCGAGAUCUCCAGGGCGAUGCGCAACCGAGGCGUCGAGAUUUACAUGCUCGGGCCGAACGAGAAGGUCGACCACGACGCGAUCGACCUCAGGUCGCUGCUGUUCAAUGCCGGGAUCAUGAGCGAGGGAUGCCGGGACACGCUGCUCACGAUCCACGACAGGAUGUCGCAGGAGACGCUCGCAAUGGACCGUCUCAACGUGAUUGACUUGCUGCACGUCGCGUUCCUGAUGAGGCAGCGGGUGCUCCGUGGGUUCUCGAAGGUGCGAUCAAUAGAGAACGCGUGCCACAACGUCUACAUGAAGGCCAGGCCUACGCGGCACCGGGAGCACCUGUUCUCCGUCGUCAGGGAGGUAAUCUACCUACAGCAGAUGUUCUACAACGACGACACCUUGCCGAUUGACAUGGACGCCGCCACGUGGAGCGUGAGGAAUCUGCAGGACAAUCCGGCGCUCACCGUCAUCAGGCAGCAAGGCUUGCUGCUGAAAGUGGCCUUCAGGAUGUAUCACCGGUCGCUCAAAACGGCAGUCACGUCGACGACCAAGCCGUUGAACGUCUUCUGCGGUCUCCAAGAAGGUGGCGAGGUGUUGGAUGUGGACAUUAGGGACAUUUUGGCCCACCUCUUGUUGAACUUUUAUGAACAGUCGUCGCGGGACGACGCGCCGCUGAGGAAGACCUGGCUGUCGAAGAUGCUGCCGAGCAAUAAGACGACCGACGAAUUCAAGGAGGACAGCGCGAUGAUGGCGGAAGAAAUCGCGGCUUUUCACUUCGGAUCUGACAAUACGAGCGACUCGUUGCCCUGGGAUCGAUGGUGGCUCACGGGAAGAGCGGUCGAAGACGAGGGUGCCGACAACGACGUGAACAAGCUGAUGCUCUUGUUGUACGCAAGCACGGCAUUUCGGGGAAGCUCGAUGCCGGACGUGAAGAAGCAGAAGAACGUGAUAUCCGUCAGGCAGUACUCUAGUAUCGUAUGUCAAGGCAAGCUGCAGUCGCAGUUGACGAACCAACCGCUCAUCACACACUUUGUGGAGUUCCUUUGGCGCAUGAAGUUGUGCAUCAACACGAUCCUGCGCGACGCUAGCAUGAAUGUAAACCUGGACAAAUACGUCGAGUUGAGGAAUCACCUCACGUGGUACACGAGAUUCGAAAGACUGGGCGAGAUCACGCUGGUGGAAAAGACGAAAAAGUCCAAGAACAUGUUCAUCAAUCCGAAGCAGACCUCCAUGCUGCUGAGGGUGCACUACAAGUGGCUGCUAAAGUUCCUGCGCGAGCUGCGCUCGGUACUGAUCAACUCUGGGUCGUGCGAGACCAUCGACCAAAUCCGCUCGUUGACGAACUUAACGGACCAACUGAACCGUCAACUCAAGUUAGACUACGACCCCGUCUACAAGAUCUCUAAGAGAAUCAAGAGAUACCUGACCCUUCCGCCUCCUCACUCCUCGAACACCAGUGUAAACGUGUACUCGGAGCUUGAACAGGUGACGAAGGACCUCGAGGCAAGGCACCAGGUGGUCAGCACUCUCAGGCAAAAGCUGAAGAUCGUGUCCGUGCAACUAAAGGACGUUCCGACGAUGAGACGUCAGACCAUCUCCCUGUGGAGCGACGUUCACUCCGGGAAGGCGGUCGACGAGGACACCUUGCUCGAUGUGCUGACGGUGAAGCGGUUCUGCGACAACAGUCACAUCCGUCUGCAAACUACCGCGGAGAUCGAGAGCGUCCGCGGCCAAAUGAACUCGCUGCCAGCCGGGGAAAUGGCUCAGUUGAACGCGAGGACGCAGCUGUGGCCGAUCUACGAAUACAUGUUUUUCUCGCUCGUCUCUUCGUUACAGAGGAAGUUGUGUCUGCAGGAGGCGAUCUCCUCCACCAGCAAUGUCGAGCAAUGUCUCGCGAGGUACGCGGAUGUAGCCAGCAUACCGUGCGACCUGAUAGGCCUGUUGAGCGCGAUGAUUCAGCCGGAGAUCGAGCAGAGGCAGAAGACGAUGCUAUUGCCGCAACUGUUCCAUCAGCUCGCGCAGUUCAUCCGGCGAUCUUACGCCGUCGAGAACUCGAGCCUGCUCCUGCAGUGGCGCGGUGUGACGGAGCAGGACGACGUGGAGGAGGACUUGUCGAUUGCCUACGCCGCGUCUAAGAUGGAGGGCCACUCCAACGGGCCGAUCCUGCUGAACCUGAUACUGCGCCUGAUGCUGAGCAAACGCGACUGCCAGAGGAAGAAGAACGUCCUUUCGGCGGUCGCGCUCGGGACGUACGCCGCGCAGACGAGUCAGCUGCAGCUGCUGAACGAGAUCUUGUGGCGCAACUGUGUCUCCCUGACGCACAACUCGGCCGGCGACGACCUGGCGACGCUGAAGUAUCACUCGCGUUUGUACCUGUCCGCGUUCGAUCAGAUGAACAGGGAGCACGACGUGGCCCACCUAGUUAGGACCGCCCUGGCGAAGCGGGGUGAAAACCACGACACCGAUGUGGAAAUCCGGAAUUUCAACUGCUUCGGGAAGAUAGAAGAGCUGCGCAGCGCGUACGACGAGAUUGAGAAGCUCGACGAGAAGGACGCCGGGCGAUACGAGAACAUCCUCCGGUGCGGGAGAACUUGGAUGUUGCUCGGUUACGUGCAAUUCUCGCUUUUCGGCAACUUCGAGCCGAUCGAUCCGGUGCACAAGGUGGAACUGAAGCUCAAGUACCUGCAGGAGGACAUCGCCGACUGCGAGAGGAUGCUGUACACCGCGACGUUGCAGAGCCGCGUUCUAGGUGUGAACGUGCUCGUCCACCCGCGAUUCGCGGCCACGAGGAGCCGUAGACAGCUGUUGCUGAAGACUCGCGAGCAGCUCGCUUGUCUGCAGGCCUUCAGACCGCCGUCCGUCGACUUCGCCUCGUUGAGCAACGUCUGCAGGCAGUUCCGAGACAACGUGGGCACCUACGAGCUGCUAGAGAAGCACAUGAACAACCUGUAUUCAAUCGCCAUGGAGAUGGGUAUCAGCCACCAUGAGGCUGACCCGAGUGUCUAUACUCGCGAUCAGUCGAUGUUCGCACGGGCGAAGGUUGUUCUGCAGGAAGCGCAAGUCUGGAACUCGUCGGUGCAAAGCUUCGCCGUGCGGCUGGAGACGAAAUAUCUAGUUGCGUAUCCGGACAUAAUCCUGCCGCUGUUGACAGGCCUGUCGCAGCUGAGGCACGGUGUGUGUAUGCUCAUCGACGAAACUCGACGACUGUUGUGGUUGCACGAGGGCGAACUGGCCGAUCUCGAUUCUCAGAUACACAACCUGAUCCGUUUCCCAACGAUCGGCCCGGGCCAAGAGAGCCUCCUGGAGCUGAGCGAUCUGUGCGCCUCGAAGAACACGCGGCUUCUGGUCGACAAGAGCUCCAGCUUGGACGCGUUCGUCAGGAUGCAGGAGCAAUUCCUCAUGCUCAAGUCGGGCUUGCAGGAGCUGCACAACCACGCGAUCCUCAGCGGAGGCUUGAGCAAGUCGCUAUGGCGGCACGUGGACGACCUGCUGCAGCAGAUAGUUUUGGUCUGGCAGCAGCAGCAGCUGGAGAAAGAGAAACUGGCCGCCGAGAAGGAAAGUCUUUACAAGAACAAGGCCGAGAAUCUCGGCGGCGGCCUGACGGAAGAGCAGGAGCUCGCCCUGGAGAUUCGCCAGCUGUUCCCGACGCAUCGCGACAGCGACUUCCGCGACAUAGAGGACGAGCCUAGCCUCGAGCGGAGGAACGCGUCGCCUGAGUCGAAGGCAGUCGACAACUUGAGCGGCCUCAUCAGCGAGCGCGACAUCCUGGAGGUCCAGCGGAUCCAUUCGGACAUGCUGACGACUCUCGUCGCGACCAAGUGGACCUGCAACGACGCCACCCCGGCGACCUCGGCGAAUUACGUCGAGCCGCUGAUCCAGAGAUACGACACGGUGCACAGCAUGCUCGACAACGUACUGCCGGCCUUGAGCAAGGGACUCUCGAUCAAGCUGCACACCAGUUUGAACCUGUUGGUCGCCUUGCGGCUGCAGACCAGCCAGGAGAGCGGCUCCGAGCCCGCCGGCGACUUUUACAAGGACAGCAACGUCGAGGAAGUGAAACAGUGUCUGCCCGUGUGCGAAGCGAUCCUGAAGCGCGUCCACCAGUUGCUGCAGGAUUGGCCGGCUCACCCCACUCUAACAUCGAUACAGUCUAUAAUCGAGAGAAUCUACUCGUUCCCAAUCAUCUCAGCCGUGUCCAGGUUCCUCACGGGUCUGGAGCUGCUGCUCGUCAAAAUGCACCAGUGGGAGGAGAACGCUCACAGCAGCGUGAGCAUGGCAGAGCAGAUGUCGAUGUUGACGCAGCAGAUAAUAUCGUGGAGGAAGCUAGAGCUAUCCAGUUGGAAGAGCUGCCUGGACGCGACGUUCAACGACCUCAAGUCGAGCGCGUCCAAGUGGUGGUUCUUCUUGUACGUGUUAGUGGAGAGUUACGUGAACCCGGCUCACACCUCUGCGGGAGAAACGAACAACGAGCCCAUCAGCAGGCAAAAAUUGGUGGAGUCGUUGGAGCUUUUCAUGCAGGAGUCGUCCCUCGUCGAAUUUGAGCCGCGACUGAAGCUUCUCCUGACGUUCCACUAUCACGCGUGUCACUUUAAGGAUAGCGAACGCAAGGACGAACUCGUGACCGUGCUAUGGAACAUGUACAAGUGUUACGAGCAAUUCGUCGGCGACGUAGCGGCGAGGAUCGCCGCGCAGAAGGCUCCCAUCGAGAAGAAGCUGCGGGACUUUGUCAAGAUCGCCCGAUGGAACGACAUCAGCUACUGGGCGGUGAAGGAGACGGUCGAAAAGACGCAUCGCACCCUGCACAAGUUUGUGAAGGACUUCCGGAACGUCCUCAAACAGAAUGUAGCUUCCUGCCUGAUCGUGCGAUCAGGAUCAUACAGCGCAGAGAUCAACAAGGGCAUCUGGGACGAUCAGGAACACCGCAAGUACUCGAUAAAUCCCGUAGACUUCGCAGUGGCGAAGCCUUCGCAGCUCAUAAAAGCGAAAAUGUCGUACUGGCCGUACGACCUGCACAUCAAUAUGAUUUCGAAAGUGGAGGCGCUACAACUCAAGGCCACGAAGCUGUGCAAGGAAAUAAUUCUGAUGAGUUCUUACCCGUGCGCACGGGCGGACGUCGAGAACUUCAUCGAAGACUUCCUGAAGCAGAGCGCGCGUCUUCGGGACAUGGAGGUGAACCGCAGCUUGCCCAAGGCCAAGCAGAAGUCUCAGGCAAAGAGUAUCCUGCAGCAGAAGAGGACGGCGUUGGCCAACUACUUCAAAGAGCUGACUCACAUGGGCGUGUCUUACCGCAUCGGCGUGCUGAAGUUGAAGAACAACGCGGACUACGUGAUGGACUUGACGGUGCCGCCCUUGGAUCUGGCUGUGAUCGAGCAGUACUUUAAGCUGAAGAUCAUCGACCGACACUUGCUGACGCAGUGGCGCGGCUGCGACAAGUACUACUACAAGUCCCUUACCAGACUGCACGCUUUGAACGCGAUGCUCAACAGCAGCCAGACCGACCUGGGACCGCAGAAUAUGGAGCGUUGCCGAGGUUACUCCGCGCACAUGAUGCUGAUGGCGCACCGUCAGAAGACGAUGAUCACCCGGUCGUUCAAGUACUUCUCGUAUCUCCGCUCGUCGCUCUCCAAUCUGUCCGAGAGCAGCGAGGAGGAUCUGAACGCGACGAAGCAACAUGCCGGCCGAGAGUGCGCUACGAGGCUGAAGAUGUUGCUGGUAACCUUGAAGGCUGGGUUCGAGCAGCUGCUGGUGUACCUGCAGUGCUGCCCGACGACGGACGAGCACCGAGCCGCGCUCACGUUGAAUGCGGACGCGUUGCCCAUCAUCGCCGCAUGCCAGGACGGCGAGGUCUACGCGAACGUGAACAGCCUGCUGAAGGAAUGCUUGAACUCGGUCAAGGUUACCGCGACUCGCUUCCGCGACCUGUUUGUACCGCUGGAAGUGAUGGCGAGCGAUCCUGAGCUCAUCGCGUUCUUGAGCUCGAGACAUUUGGAGUUUCUGAAGCAAUGUCGCUCCACGAUGGAGAAGCUAAGAGCGCGGUGCGGCAAAUUGAGAGGGUUGUUUGAGACUGCGGACGUUGCGCAUCCCAUCCUGGAGAACGUGGCGUUCUUGGACGAGAAGAUGGAGGACUUCGUGCGCGGACUCGACGAGUUGGAGCGUCCACGAGAAGCCGCGGAACUCGAGGAUAAAAAGUGGCCGUGGGAUUGCAACAGCGACGUUUGGUCCUAUAAAUCUGACCUGGAGCAGUUGAUGGAGACGACGUUGCUCGUUGUGCAGAAGAAAUACCACGUCGUUUUGUACGAAACCACCAUAUCGAAGUGGGAGAACGUGGGAAACAAUGACGACGCAAGCGAAGAAAUGAUCGAGAAGGGUAGAUUGAAGAAGACGCUCGUCGACGCUCUCGAGAUGGACGUGAAAGAACUGCAGCUGCUUAAGAUAUCUGAGUUAUUCAGCAGUCUCUUGUCGAUGAUACAUAAGCUCGAGCCGCAAUUGGCGAAUCAUUGCAUCAGACUACUCCUCAGGUGUUCACCGCUGCUGGAGCAGUACAUCCUGUUUGUUCAGUUUUACCUGAACGAGCAAGUAGCGUCGUUUCGUGUCACGUGCAAAAUGCUGUACCUGCAGUUGAACGUCUUCUUGGAUCUGGCAGCGAACGGUUUCUGCGUGCCGAAGGACUUGGAUCUCGAGGAAGGCAAGACUGACGAGUCAGGCGAGAAUACUGGCAAGGGUGGGAUGGGUUUGGCCGACGGCGAAGGCACGAAAGACGUCUCCGACAAGAUAGAGUCCGAGGACCAGCUGGAGGAUGCGAGACCUGCUGAUCAAGAACAAGAGAAGCAGGACGACAAGGAGUGCAAGGAGGAAGAAAAAGGUAUCGACAUGUCCGAGGACUUUGAUAGCAAGCCUCAGGAUAUGGAGAAAGGUGACGACGACGACGAGAGUGACGAUGAGAGUGACAAUGACGACCUGCAGAACGAAAUGAUGGAUGAGAUAGAGAACGAUGACGAGAUACUCAAUGAGAGGAUCUGGGGUGACGAUAAAGAGGAAUCGGCUGAGAAAGACAACCAGCAAAAGGACGAGGGCAAAGAAGGAAAGGGCGAACAAACCGGCGAGAAGGAAAUGGGCGCGAAAGACGACAAGUCAAGGCAGAACAACGAGGACGACCGCGAUGCUGAUUGCGACGAAGAUGAACGACAGGAAGAGAAGAAGGAGAUCAACGAAAUGAACGAGCCGGAGGUAGACGAAGAUCAGAUUGACCCGUAUCACGGACAGCACCAACCCGAACCGGAACCGGAGCCGUUUGACUUACCGGAUGAUUUAAAUUUGGACGAAGAAGACGCCAAGGAGGAGAAUGACGCUAAUGAAGAAAAUCCGUUCGACAUCGAUGCGAUGAAGGAUGUCAAACCGCCACCGGAGAGAAUGGACCUCGAGGAAGAGGCCGAGAAGAACGAAGAGACCGAUCCGGGUGAGGACGCCAGUGAGGACGAGGACGAGGACGAGGACGGCAAGAAUGUGAACAAGGAAGGUCAGCAAGAAGAGACGGAGGAUCCGGAAGCUGACAAAGAGGAGACCGGACAAGACAACAAGGACGGCGCGGAGGCCCCGCAGGAAGACGACGAGGACAAGAAGGACCAGGAGGAAGAAACGAAAGAGGAGAAGGCAGCACCGAGUGCGGACGACGCGAGCACUCAAAUGGACACUGCCGAGCAGGUCGAGCAGACGAAGGAAGGCUCGCGGGACGCGGUAGCACAAGCACAUAGCAACGAAGACCAGCAAGAAGCGUCAGCGGAGAACAGCCAAGAGGAGAAGGACGACAAGGGCACUGGCCAGUCGCAGUCGACUCAGCAGCAGGAGAGCGGCCACUCGGGCUCUUCCAAGCAACAGGUAGCCCCGAUCUCGCAGAGGGACUCGGCGGAGCCGAUGAAGAAAAGGAAGAACCUGGGACAGAGCAACGAGGACCACAGUCUCUCGGACGAUAUCUCGCGGACGCCGAAGAAGUUGAAGGUAAUCUACACGCCGGACCAAGUGUCGACCAACGAGAAACAAGACGAGACCGAGGGUGAGGUUGACGACGGCAACAAAGCCGAGAUGUACCAGCAUGUCAAGGAUUCCGAGGCAUUCGACGACUACACGAUGGACGCCGCGACGGAGGACCAAGCGAAGCAGCAGGCUCUCAAAGCCCGGGAAGACGAGGAGAAUCGCGAGGAGCAAGAAGACGACAUGGACGUGGAGAUGCACCAAGACGAAGAGGAUAUCAUAGAGGCCGAAGUGGCCGAGCAACGGCCCGAGAAAGUGCGCCAAGCCACAGAGGACAAACGCAAGGAUGCGAAGCAACGUGAAGGAAACAACGAGGAGGAGAGCAAUCAGACGGACACGGAGUUGGAAGGGGAAACGGUGGCUACGAUGACGGUGCAGAGAGGCAACGAGUCCAUGUUCUAUACGAAGAUGGCGAACUGGGUGGAUAACGAGCUCAGCUCCGGUCACGAAGAGAGAAAGCGAUUCGAAGUGGAGAAGAUGCUGGGCGAAUGGAAGCAGAAGCCAACGACGGAGGAAGCAGCGGCCGCGUGGAACUGUCUGUCUUCGGUCACGGACACAGCCGCCAGAGACUUGUCGGAGAAGCUGAGGCUGGUACUGGAGCCUACGCAAGCGUCGAGGCUGAAGGGCGACUACAAGACUGGCAAACGCAUCAACAUGAGGAAGAUCAUCCCUUAUAUAGCCAGUCAAUUCCGCAAAGACAAGAUCUGGCUGAGGCGCACGAAGCCGUCGAAACGCGACUACCGCAUUGUUCUGGCGCUCGACGAUUCCAAGAGCAUGGCAAGUAACCAUGCUCAAGAGAUGGCCUUCGAGUCCUUGUCGCUGAUCUGUAAAGCCUUGACGUACUUGGAAGUAGGGCAACUCGGCGUCGUAAGCUUCGGAGAGCAAGUACAGAUGUUGCACCCUUUGGGAGAAACUUUCACCGAGCAAAGUGGGUCCAGGCUGAUACAAGAGAUGAGAUUCGACCAGAAGAGCACCAAGUUUGCGGAAGUGGUAGACUUUACUGUAGAUAUGUUUGAAAGUCGACACACCACAUCCGACAACGCCAAACUGAUGAUAAUAUUAUCGGAUGGCAUGGGAAUAUUCUCUGUCGGAAUAAACCAAGUAACUCGCGCCGUGAGGAGAGCUCGAUUGGCCAACAUCUUCACGGUGUUUAUAAUACUUGACAAUCCAUUAAACAAGCACUCCAUACUGGAUAUUCGUGAGCCCGUGUUCAACGGAAAUAAAUUGGUGGAAUUCCGCUCGUGCAUGGAUGACUUUCCAUUCCCGUUUUACAUGAAUGUCCGAGAUAUAAACACAUUGCCGAGUGUCCUGAGCGACGCUCUGCGGCAAUGGUUUGAAGUUGUCGGAAAGACCGACACUUCAUAAAUUUUACCAAAUUUAGGACAAAUGUGUAUACAACAUAUGUAUAUACAAUAUAUGUAUAUACAUAUAUAUAUAGGAAAUAUGUAUAUAUAAAAAAUAAUGCAAUACAUGAAAUAUGUCAAAUACAGAAUGAAAGAAGUGUUGUUUAUUAUCAAUUAUAUAAAGUUAAUUAAUUAAUUCCUUCCUAAUAUUAAUUAAUAGUUCGUAGCAUCGAUCAAUAGUUCCUUUACGCUCAUUGGUUACAUUCCGAUAUCACCACGACUUCUCCCUUGCUAAAUAUCAGAAUUCACGGUAAAAAACAUAAAUACAUUUCAGUAACUCUAAAUUAUAAUCACUGCACUUGUGGUACCAAUUCACUUACGGCUCAUCUUAUGUCACAUCGAGCUAGAUUAUAUCGCGAUUAUUAAAAGGGUUAAACUGUAGUUAAACAUUUUGUUGUUUAUAACUAAAACCUACUUUACUUUUACUUAUAUAUAUGUAUAUAUAUAUAUAUAGAGCAAACUAUUCAUCCUUUCAAGAAUAUACUAUAUAUAAUAUAUAUUAA